GCUUUAAGGAUCAGCCCCUCUGUUUGUAUUGUACCCUGUAUGGAGGAUAAUGAGCUGCAGCAGGUGGCCCUGACGGAGGAUAAUGAGCUGCAGCAGGUGGCCCUGACGGAGGAUAAUGAGCUGCAGCAGGUGGCCCUGACGGAGGAAAAUGAGCUGCAGCAGGUGGCCCUGACAGAGGGUAAUGAGCUGCAGCAGGUGGCCUGACGGAGGAUAAUGGGCUGCAGCAGGUGGUCCUGACAGAGAAUAAUGAGCUGAAGCAGGUGGCCCUGACGGAGGCCCUUUGACAGGUAAAACACCAUCACCAGCUAUUAACACCCUCUCAGGACUGACCUCGGCUAAAGCCACCCCACUCCGUGAACUAAUAAGGGAUCAUUGAGAUAUAUAUUUUAAAAACAUGGCGAUUGCAUAAAAAAAUAAGCAUUAUGACUACUGAGUGGUGUUAAUCAGAUUGCGGACCGUAGGUGUGAGGCUUUGGUGUUUGUUGUGUUCUGAAGUAAAUUAGCUUAGGGAUAUGUUGUUUGAGGUUACAGUGAUAGAACAGAGAGAAAUUGUGAAAAUGUGUGAGGUGAUGUCUGGCUACAGUGUGUUUUAUUCACCUCUGCUCCUCUCUCUCUCUCUGUGAUUCUCUCUCUCGCUCUGUUUCUCACAUCGUCUCUCUCUCCCUUCCUUCUCUCUCUCCCUCACCCUCCCUCUGCCCUCCCUCUCUCUGACCAUAUUUUUUUCUUGUUAUUCUGGUGGCGGCUGAGUGCGGUGCUGCUGAACGCCCGGCUGGCUGAGUGCGGUGCUGCUGAACACCCGGCUGGCUGAGUGCGGUGCUGCUGAACGCCCGGCUGGCUGAGUGCGGUGCUGCUGAACGCCCGGGCAGCAGGAAGCAGACAGAGCCACAGCCACCCAGCCAGCCUCACAUUCUCCUCACGUCAUCACGCUAAUGCAAGGCCAACCACCUGCCCCUGCUCCCACCUCCCGUUAUCAACAGGCCCUUUAUCUUAGUACACACACAAAGAAACAGGGCCCUGUGCCCAAACAUGGACAUGGACUCCAUUUAUAUUUAGACAGCCCCCAACAGGGCACUGUGCCCUAACACAUGGACUCCAUUUAUAUUUAGACAGCCCCCAACAGGGAAAAAACAUACAUGUGUUUGAUGUAUUUGAAAACAUUCCACUUAUUCCGCUCCAGCCAUUACUAUGAGCCGUCCUCCCCAAUUAAGGUGCCACCAACCUCCUGUGGUAGGUUUGUAUAAAUUAGGAGGGGGCUGUUCAAUAAUGGUGACAGAGUGGUGAAAUUAGGAAGCUUAGAGACUUAAGUCAUACGGGAAAUAAGAGCAGACUGGCUCUGUGGAGAGAGAGAUCAAUAUGCUCUGUGGAGUGCAGAGAGAGAUCAAUAUACUCUGUGAGGUGCAGAGAGAGAUCAAUAUGCUCUGUGGAGUGCAGAGAGAGAUCAAUAUACUCUGUGGAGUGCAGAGAGAGAUCAACAUACUCUGUGGAGUGCAGGUAUAGAUCAAUAUACUCUGUGGAGUGCAGAGAGAGAUCAAUAUGCAACGCGUUUGGCAUCAGUUGCUGGGACCGCUGCUGUCUGUCCAGGGAUCCUGCCGACCAAGGGUUUGAUAAUGAGCUGCUUGGCGUAGCAGCUACCCUAGCUGCCACUGUUAGCUGCCUAUCAAGCUAGCAGGGUUUCUUGAGGGCUUGAAUGCAGCCCGCAACGCGGUUAGCCCUUAUGGCUGGGACCACGGAUUGUCCCGGGCUUGUGGCUGUCUAGAUCCCUACUGUUUGUUGCUGUUUCCAUCUUCCCUGCGACUUGCCCUGUCUGGAAUUGCGGGGAGUAACAGCGUAGCCUACAUUGCUACGAUGACUAAGACCAAAGCUGGUGGGAGUACCGUUGAAGACAGUGGUGUCUCUCUAUCACAGGUGAAGGAUCUUUUAAACAAAUAUAAAGAGUUCUACAAGCAGUUGUUACAACAACAAGAAAAUAGCUUCAAGUGUUGUGUCCAAAUACUGGUGGAGUCAACUAAUAAAAUAAUGGACGACCUGACCAGAGAGGUCCAGGACCUGAAAAACAGCUCCAUGAGUUUAAACAGGAAAACGGCAAGAUGACAACAAUCUUUAAGUCAUUGAGAGAGGACAUUAGUUCUGUAUGUGAAUCCAUGAUAACAAUAACAGAGAAAUCAGAUUAUCUCGAUGGACAAUCAAGACGGAACAACAUUAUUGUAGACGGAAUUGCAGAAUCUCCACAUGAGAUCUGGACGGAGUCUGAGGACAAAGUGAGUGAAAUUAUCUCGGAAGAUCACUGAAGAUGGACCACAGAAAGAUUGAGUUGGAGCGCGUCAACAGGACUGGAAAACCCACCACUGGCCCAAGUGACAGGCCCAGUCCGAUAGUCGUCAAGUUCCUGAGGUUCAAGGACAAGGUAGCGGUUUUGGAAAGAGCCAAGAAUUUGAGGGGAACGUAUAUCUUCCUCAACGAGGACUAUCCUGAAGAUGUGCGCAAGAAGAGAAAAUCACUUAGCCCGGCCAUGAAAGCUGCCAGAGCGCGUGGGGACAUUGCUUACAUCUGCUAUGACAGGCUCAUUGUUCACCCUCCCUCCCAAAAGCCUAGAAGGGAUGAGAGAGCCAAGCCUAUGGAUUCGUAGCUUCAACCCCGCAGCACACACACUUACACACACCAACUGAUUAAUGGACUGCUGAAUGUAUAUAGUUUUUUUGUUCUUUUGCUUUUUUGUUCUUUUCCAUAUUAUGUCUAUCUCUAAUAAGCUACACAGGAAAGGGCUGAAAAUAGCACAUAUUAAUAUAUGUAGCCUUAGAAAUAAGGUUCAUGAAAUCAAUAACUUUCUAACAUCAGAUAACAUUAAUAUAUUAGCCAUUUCUGAGACUCACUUAGAUGAUUCAUUUGAUGAUACAGCAGCAGCAAUACAAGGAUAUAACAUCUAUAGAAGAGACAGAAAUGCUUAUGGGGGAGGAGUGGCUGUAUAUAUUCAGAGCCUUAUCACAGUAAUGCUUAGAGAAGGUUCUCAUGUCAAGUGUUAUUGAAGUACUGUGGCUGCAGGUUCACCUGCCUCAUGUAAAGCCUAUUCUUUUGGGGUGUUGCUAUAGGCCACCAAGUGCGAACAGUCAGUAUCUAAAUAAUAUGUGUGAAAUGCUUGAUAGUGUAUGUGAUGUAAACAGAGAGGUCUACUUUCUUGGGGACCUGAAUAUUACUGGUUUUCAGCAAGCUGCCCGCUCAAGAGGAAGCUUCUUACUGUAACCAGUGCCUGUAAUCUGAUUCAGGUUAUUAAUGAACCUACCAGGGUGUUUACAAACACUAUAGGAACAAGAUCAUCCACAUGUCUCGAUCACAUUUUUACUAAUACUGUAGAACUUUGUUCUAAAGUUGUAUCCAUACACCAUUGGAUGCAGUGAUCACAAAUGGCUAUAUCCAGGAAAGCCAAGGUAAAAAUAACUGGGCCUAAAAUAGUGUACAGUCGUGGUCAAACGUUUUGACAAUGACACAAGUAUUGGUCUUCACAAAGUUUGCUGCUUCAGUGUAUUUAGAUAUUUUUGUCAGAUGUUACUAUGGUAUACUGAAGUAUAAUUACAAGCAUUCCAUAAGUGUCAAAGGCUUUUAUUGACAAUUACAUAAAGUUUAUGCAAAGAAUCAAUAUUUGCAGUGUUGACCCUUCUUUUUCAAGAUCUCUGCAAUCCGCCCUGGCAUGCUGUCAAUUAACUUCUGGGCCACAUCCUGACUGAUGGCAGCCCAUUCUUGCAUAAUUAAUGCUUGGAGUUUGUCAGAAUUUGUGGGUUUUUGUUUGUCCACCCACCUCUUGAGGAUCGACCACAAGUUCUCAAUGGGAUUAAGGUCUGGGGAGUUUCCUGGCCAUGGACCCAAAAUGUCGAUUCCUGGCCAUGGACCAAACGUGUUCUAUACUCCUGAGUGGCGCAGUGGUCUAAGGCACUGCAUCACAGUGCUAACUGUGCCACUAGAGAUCCUGGUUCGAAUCCAGGCUCUGUCGCCGCCGGCCGCGACCGGGAGACUCAUGGGCGGCGCACAAUUGGCCCAGCGUCGUCCAGGGUAGGGGAGGGAAUGGCCGGCAGGGAUGUAGCUCAGUUGAUAGAGCAUGGCGUUUGCAACGCCAGGGUUGUGGGUUCGAUUCCCACGGGGGGCCAGUAUAAAAAAAAUAUGUAUUCACUAACUGUAAGUCGCUCUGGAUGAGAGCGUCUGCUAAAUGACUAAAAUGUAAAUGUUGUUCCCCGAGCCACUUAGUUAUCACUUUUGCAUUAUGGCAAGGUGCUCCAUCAUGCUGGAAAAGGCAUUGUUCGUCACUAAACUGUUCUUGGAUGGUUGGGAGAAGUUGCUCUCGUAGGAUGUGUUGGUACCAUUCUUUAUUCAUGGCUGUGUUCUUAGGCAAAAUUGUGAGUGAGCCCACUCCCUUGGCUCAGAAGCAACCCCACACAUGAAUGGUCUCAGGAUGCUUUACUGUUGGCAUGACACAGGACUGAUGGUAGCGCUCACCUUGUCUUCUCCGGACAAGCUUUUCCCGGAUGCCCCAAACAAUCGGAAAGGGGAUUCAUCAGAGAAAAUGACUUUACCCCAGUCCUCAGCAGUCCAAUCCCUGUACCUUUUGCAGAGUAUCAGUCUGUCGCUGCCAUUCUUGACACCAGGCCAUCCUCCAAAAGUCUUUGCCUCACUGUGCGUGCAGAUGCACUCACACCUGCAUGCUGCCGUUCCUGCUGCAAGCUCUGCACUGGUGGUGCCCCAAUCCCGCAGCUGAAUCAACUUUAGGAGACGGUCCUGGCGCUUGCUGGACUUUCUUGGGCGCCCUGAAGCCUUCUUCACAACAAUUGAACCUCUCUCCUUGAAGUUCUUGAUGAUCCGAUAAAUGGUUGAUUUAGGUGCAAUCUUACUAGCAGCAAUAUCCUUGCCUGUGAAGCCCUUUUUGUGCAAAGCAAUGAUGACGGCAUGUGUUUCCUUGCAGGUAACCAUGGUUAACAGAGGAAGAACAAUAAUUUCAAGCACCACCCUCCUUUUAAAGCUUCCAGUCUGUUAUACUAACUCAAUCAGCAUGACAGAGUGAUCUCCAGCCUUGUCCUCGUCAACACUCUCACCUGUGUUAACGAGAGAAUCACUGACAUGAUGUCAGCUGGUCCUUUUGUGGCAGGGCUGAAAUGCAGUGGAAAUGUUUUUUGGGGAUUAAGUUCAUUUUCAUGGCAAAGAGGGACUUUGCAAUUAAUUGCAAUUCAUCUGAUCACUCUUCAUAACAUUCUGGAGUAUAUGCAAAUUGACCGUUUUUGCUGUGACUCUAUGUGGAUGAUGUAAAAAAAGAUUUGUUGGUCUGAUGUGAUUAAUAAGGAGCAUCCAGUCGCUGCACUUGAUGAAUUUAUGAAAUUGCUUCUUCCAAUUAUUGAUAAACAUGCACCUGUUAAGAAACUGACUGUUAGAACUGUUAAGGCUCAAUGGAUUGAUGAGGAAUUGAAAAAUGUAUGGUUGAAAGAGAUGGGGCAAAAGUAGUGGCCCCCCGUGUAGCUCAGUUGGUAGAGCAUGGUGUUUGCAACGCCAGGGUUGUGGGUUCGUUUCCCACGGGGGGCCAGUAUGAGAAAAAAAAAAUGGUAUGCACUCACUAACUGUAAGUUGCUCUGAAUAAGAGUGUCUGCUAAAUGACUUAAAUGUAAUAUGUUUGGCUGCACAUCUGACUGGCUGAAUUACUGCAAAUUGAGAAAUGUAACAAGAAGAAGAAACUGUAUUAUGAAGCCGAGAUCAAUGAUAUAAAGAAUGAUGGAAAAAAAAUGUGCAGUACUAUAAAUGAAAUUAUUCAACUUGCCAAUUAUUUUAAUGAUUGCUUCAUUGGCAAAGUGGGCAAACUUAAGCAGGAAUUGCCAACAACGAACAGUGAGCCAUUGUAUUCAUGUAGAAAAAAAACUAAUAAUGAAAGAAAAGCAUUGUAAAUUUGAAUUUUGUAAAGUUAGUGUGGGAGAGGUGGAAAAAUUAUUGUUAUCAAUCAAUAAUGACAAACCUCCUGGCUUUAACAACUUAAAUGGAAGGCUACUGAGGAUGUAGUUGACUAUAGCCACUCCUAUCUGUCAUAUCUUUAAUCUGAGUCUAGAGGAAGGUGUUUGUCCUCAGGCCUGGAGGGAAGCCAAAGUCAUUCCUCUACCCAAGAGUGGUAAAGCAGGCCUUUCCUGGUUCUAACAGCAGACCAAUCAGCUUAUUGCAAGCUCUUAGCAAACUGUUUGACCAAAUACAAUGCUAUUUCUCUGUAGACAAAUUGACAACAUACUUUCAGCAUGCUUAUAGAGAAGGGCUCUCAACAUGUACUUCACUGACACAAAUAGCUGAUGAUUGGUUGAAAGAAAUUGAUAAUAAGAAUAUUGUGGAAGCUGUAUUGUUAGAUUUCAGUGCAGCCUUUGAUAUUAUUGACCAUAACCUGUUGUUGAGAACUUUUUUAUGGCUUUUCAACCUCUGCCAUAUUGUGGAUUCAGAGCUAUCUAUCUAAUAUAUAUCAGAGGGUUUUCUUUAAUGGAAGCUUCUCUAAUGUCAAACAUGUUGGUUGUGGUGUACCGCAGGGCAGUUCUCUAGGCCCUCUACUUUUUUUUAUUUUUUACAAAUGACCUGCAAUUAAACAAUACCUGUGUGUCCAUGUAUGCUGAUGAUUCAACCAUAUACGUGUCAGCAACAACAGCUAAUGAAGUCACUGAAACCCUUAACAAGGAGUUGCAGUCAGCUUUGGAAUGGGUGGCCAGUAAUAAACUGGUCCUCAACAUUUCUAAAACUAAGAGCAUUUUAUUUGGUACAAAUCAUUCCCUAAGCUCUAGACCUCAGCUGAAUCUAGUAAUGAACUAAAUUACUUGGUGUUACCUUAGAUUGUAAACUGUCAUGGUCAAAAUAUAUAGAUUCAAUGGUUGUAAAGAUGGGUAGAGGUCUAACCAUCAUAAAGAGAUGUUCUGCUUUUUUGACACCACACUCCACAAAGCAAGUCCUGCAGGCUCUAGUUUUAUUUCAUCUUGAUUAUUGUCCAGCCAUGUGGUCAAGUGCUGCUAAGAAAGACCUAGUUAAGCUGCAGCUGGCCCAGAACAGAGCAACACAUCUUGCUCUUCAUUGUAAUCAUAGGGCUAAUGUAAAUACUAUGCAUGCCAGUCUCUCUUGGCUAAGAGUUGAGGAGAGACUGACUGCAUUACUUCUUAUUUUUAUAAGAAACAUGAAUGUGUUGAAAAUUCCAAAUUAUUUUCAAAGUCAAGUUACGCACAGCUCUGACACACACACUUACCCCACCAGACAUGCCACCAGGGGUAUUUUCAUAGUCCCCAAAUCCAGAACAAAUUCAAGAAAGCGUACAGUAUUAUGUAGAGACAUUAUUGCAUGGAACUCCGUUCCAUCUCAUUUUGCUCAAAUGAACAGCAAACCUGGUUUAAAAAAAGAUAAAGCAACACCUCACAACACAACGCCUCUCCCCUAUUUGACCUAGAUAUUUUGUGUGUAUGUGUUGAUAUGUAGGCUAUGUGUGCCGUUUUAAAUGUAUGUAGUUCUGUCCUUGAGCUGUUCUUGUCUAUUAAUGUUCUGUAUUAUGUCAUGUUUUGUGUGGACCCCAGGAAGAGUAGCUGCAGCUUUCACAACAGCUAAUGGGUAUCCUAAUAAAUACCAAAUAUGCUAAACACAGAUAAUGCUGCCUAGAUGUCAGCCGUCUACAAGACAAGACGUCAGUGGCCUGCCGCUACAGUACAUUUCAUAUGAAAUUAUUACAUUUUAAGGGUUUAUCAUAUUUUACCCACAUAGAUCAUACAAAUCAAAUCAAAUUUUAUGUCACGUACACAACUGGUGUAGACUUUACUGUGCUUGCGAGCCCUUCCCAACGAUGCAGAGUAAAAAAAAUAAUAAUACAAAAAUAGUAACGCAAGGAAUAAAAUAAAAUACACAAGAAUGGAGCUAUGGGAAACUAGAUAGAAAGUAUGUAUGUAGAAAUGAUAAUGGACAUAGAUAUUUGCAGGUAACUGCCCUUUUUCUGGGCCGCAAAUCGCUAAAAAUAACUUUACCAAAAAAAUAUAUAUAUAUACAUCUGCGUGGCCCUCCGUUGAAUUUCGAAAUCCCAAUGUGGCUCUCGAGCCAAAAAGUUUUCCCGCCAAUCUGAGAACGACUUAACCCACUGGGCACAGACUUCAAUUCAACGUCAAUUCCACAUUGGUUCAACGUAAUUGAAUUUAAAUAUGCCCAGUGGGAAAUUUCAGUCAUGGAUUCUUUUUCUUUAACCCCUGCCCACAGGUUGCAGGGUAGUAGCCUACAACUAUACAGUUUUUUUAGGACAGUACAUUUACUGUUGGAAGAAUACAUGGCCACUAGCAGUGGGUAGUAUAUUUACAGUUGGCGAUCUAGUUCAUGUGUUUUAAUUUUCCACUUCCUCAGGUGUUGAACCCCAAAUUAAUUAGCCUAUGAUAUUAGUAAAGCGCAUAAAGGUGUAUGUAAUCUCUAUUGGACAAUAAAGACAUCUGGAAAUUCUGGAUUUUUUACAGUAAAAUAUAGCAACUAUAUUCUAUUGUCAACCCAAAAUUCAACCCAAAAGUUGUCAGCGUGCACAGUGAUAUGGGCUGGUGUGGAAUAAAUACCAGGGUUGAAUUCUUGUCCCAGUCUGCCCCUGUCCGGUACCGUUUGCUGGACGGUAGCAGAGUGGACGGUCUAUUGCUUGGGUGGCUGGAGUCUUUGGCAAAUUUUCAGGGCUUCCUCUGACACACUCUAAUAGUUAAAUGUUCAGACACAUCAUUAAACAUACAAUAAAAUACCUUACACCGGAAAAUAAGUGUGAGGUGUAGAUUUAAUAACUCUCCAGCAGUAGCAUGGUUCACAUCAUUCUAGCAUGACAUAAUAAACAAAUGUUCUUCGCUGAAAUAGUUUCAAUUCACAGUACAAUGUUGCUUUUUCUGCAUUUACAGGGCUAACACCAUUUCUUAAAAACUUUUUGGCUCACCGAUCGCUGAGAGAACCCAAAUGUGCUCUGAGGUGAGACUUUAUAUUAAUAUUCCAUGACACCUGAUAAGGAAAAGGCGAGGGGAAAGAACUGCUCUCUCUCUCUCUCUCUCUCUCUCUCUCUCUCUCUCUCUCUCUCUCUCUCUCUCUCGCUCUCUUUCGUUCAAUAAAGCUUGUGUUCGGGGAAAAACAGCUGCAACGUCUUUCAGUUUAGCCAUGGGGAAAGUACCCCGGUGUUGAGGCUUUAUCACCAAAAGGUCAGUCCAUCCUGAGUCUGAUUAAAACGAUAUUUCCUGGUAACAGUCAGUGCCAACCAGAUGGAGCCAUCAUAAUCGUAUAAAGUACAACACAGCAGCGGGAUGGGGGGAGGCCCAGGAGGAUUUGGUAUAUUGGAUAUUGAGAUCUGUGUUAACAUAUCGGUUCGACCUUUUAUAGAAAUGAAUGUAAAUAGGGAUAUCACUGGGAAUCAGUUGCCAACCUGUGUUUUCCGCCAAUGUUCCCACUCUCUCUCUCUCUCUCUCUCUCUCUCUCACCCCCCUCUCUCUCUCCCCCUCGCUCUCUCUCUCUCUCACCUCCCCCUCGCUCUCUCACUCUCUCUCUCUCUCACCACCCCCUCUCUCUCUCUCUCUCUCUCACCCCCCCUCUCGCUCUCUCGCUCUCUCUUUAACCCCCCCCCCCUCUCAUUUCAUCCCGCCAGUACACUGUGCCAUUGUGGGGAGAGAUAACAGAUCUGAGGUCAGUGUUAAAUGGAUACCCACCUAAUACUGACCUAUAACUGAGUGAAUGAGUCAGAAAGUCGCCUUCACACACACACACACUGCUGUAAUUGAGGUUGUAAAGUGAGACAGGUCAACAUGUUGUUUUGUUAAUUGUGCUUCAUUUGGCAUAGUUGUGUGGUCACAUUAACUGCAGGUUUGUUGAAUGCUUAAACAGUCUUCUGACAGUUUGAUCUCUAUGUACUGUAACUCGGCUGAAGGAAGGGUCAUGGAUGUUGUACAAUUCAUGUCAUACAGUUUAUGAGUUUACUGUACCUCUGGAAAUCAUUCCAACGGUGACAUCUGAGCUAAACUGAAUCUGUGUACAAUGUCUUUCAAACACAGACUGACGAACACCACUUUUCUUUUGUCACCGUGACCUGCCAUCCUUUCCAAACACUCAACAAAUAAGAUCUUUGACUGAACUGAAGCCGAGCCGUGCUGUGCCGCACCGCACCGCCUGCCACCUCUCAUAACCGUAUGUAUAUUUAUUCAGCCAUUUUGUGUUUGCGGCUGACGAUGAUGAUGAUCAUGAUGAGGAUGGGAGCUGGUUGAGUUGACACUCUGCAGGGCAGGCCCUUGGCAACCAGCCGUGCUACACUACCUGCCCUGUUUCUCUCUAUCUCACUCUGAGUGGGAGAGAAAUGACAGGAGCUGAGAGGAGCGAUAUGAGUCAACAGCCAGGUAAAUGGGAUGGGGGAGACGGGGGCAGGGGGAGAAUGGGGGAGAACAGUGGGUGGUGCUAGAGACAAUGGGCCUCCUGAAGAAGCUCUGUAACUUUCUCACUCAUCAUUAUUCACGAUUCAUUCACGAGUAUCCAUAAUCAUGGUGGAGAAGUGUUUAGAAACAUAUUAUAUUCUUAUUUACAAUAAAAGUGACUCAAAAAAUGACACAAUACAUUAUUUACCAUUCAUUUCUAUUGAGCGCAAAAUAAUCUGAAACACAACCAAAACAAACAGCAAAUGCAUCCAACAAGUUUGUAGAGUCACUAGCUUGAUGUAGUCAUUGCAUGCUAUGAAUAUGGACUUUUUACAACUUUAAUACACAUAUAAGUGAAUUUGUCCCAAUACUUUUGGUUCCCUAAAAUGGGAGGAUUAUGUACAAAAAGUGCUGUAAUUUCUAAACGGUUCACACAAUAUGGAUGAAAACACCCUCAAAUUAAAGCUGACAGUUUGCACUUUAACCUAGUCAUUGUAUGAUUUCAACUCCAAAUUGCUGGAGUACAGAGCCAAAACAAACAAAAAUGUGUCACUGUCCCGAUACUUUUAGAGCUCACUGUAUUUAAACGAGAACCUAAAACACACCUUUUUUAGCUUUGCUUUUCCUCAGGGUGCUUUUUUUUGUCUUUCAGUUUUUAUUGUUAUUCUUUUGUUUUUUAUCCUCUUAUGUUUGUUGUGUAGUAACUAUUGCGUUGCAUCCAUGUCUGAAAUGUGCUGUAUAAAUAAAGCUUGAUUUGAUUUGAUAAACAUGAGUGUCAUAAUAAACCGAGAGGAGUACAAAUACUGAGUGUAGAAAUGUUUUCUAGUCAUGAGGAUGUUUAUAACAACAUAAAUCUGCUCCAUGUUUUCAUGGCUAGUAUAGCUGCUGUAAGAAAGAGGUCAGGUUACCCUCAUAUGUUUCAAGUUUCACGUUUUUAAUGUCACUUAUACAAGUACAGUGAAAUGCCUUUCUUGCUAACACAAAACCCAACAAUGCAAUAAUCAAUAACAAUGUAUUACUAGAAGAAGAAUAAAACGAGAAAUAAUGAAUAAGAAAUAUGAAAUACACAAUAAAGUAAGUAACUAAGCAUACUAUAUACAGGAAAUAUUUAAAAACUCAGCUCCAAUAAGAUUUGAGGGCCCAUGCCAAACUUUUUCAACCUCCUGAGAGGGAAGAGGCACUGUCACGCCUUCUUUACUGCUGUGCAUGUGUGUUUCGACCAUUUUAAGUCUUUAGUGAUUUGUACACCGAGGAACUUGAAGCUGUCUACCUGCUCCACUGCCGCCCCGUCGAUGUGGAUGGGGGUAUGCUCGCCCCUCCGUUUCCUAUAGUCCACGAUCAGCUCCUUGGUCUUGGUGACGUUGAAGGAAAGGUUGUUGCUCAGGCACCACACUGCCAGGUCACUCCUGCCUGUAGGCUGACUCAUCGUCGCCGGUGAUCAGGCCUACCACCGUCGUGUCGUCAGCGAACUUGAUAAUGGUGUUGGAGUCGCGCUUGGCCAACCAGUCAUGUGGGGAUUACAGACAGGGAAAAGGAGAGGUUGAAAAUGACCGUGAAUAUGCUCCACCAACGUCUCUGUUGAUUUUGUCAGGGAGCAUCUAAAAAAAGGCUUUAUAAAGUGCACCAAAAGUGGUUCUAAAUGACUGGACACAUAAUAAGAUUUUACUGAUGCUUUGAUUGGGGUUCACGGAUAAUAUCAAUAUCCGUUGGGAAAGUGUGAUUGUAUAAUUAAUGUGUUUUAAAAAAUUAUACAAUUGAUCCUUACAUCUGUGAUGUUACUACAAGCUCCCUCCUGUGCUUUUCUGAGGUAAAAUAAGAUCUGAUCAGCCACUCCACAACAACAACAACACAGGGUAAGUAUUUUAAGGUGUACCUCUCAGACCUACAGUAUAUUAAGGUGUACCUCUCAGACCUACAGUAUAUUAAGGUGUACCUCUCUGCCCAGACCUACAGUAUAUUAAGGUGUACCUCUCAGACCUACAGUAUAUUAAGGUGUACCUCUCAGACCUACAGUAUAUUAAGGUGUACCUUUCUGCCCAGACCUACAGUAUAUUAAGGUGUACCUCUCAGACCUACAGUAUAUUAAGGUGUACCUCUCAGACCUACAGUAUAUAAAGGUGUACCUCAGACCUACAGUAUAUUAAGGUGUACCUCUCAGACCUACAGUAUAUUAAUUGUUACCUUUCAGACCUACAGUAUAUUAAGGUGUACCUCUCGCCCAGACCUACAGUAUAUUAAGGUGUACCUUUCUGCCCAGACCUACAGUAUAUUAAGGUGUACCUCUCAGACCUACAGUAUAUAAAGGUGUACCUCUCAGACCUACAGUAUAUUAAGGGUACCUCUCAGACCUACAGUAUAUUAAGGUGUACCUCUCUGCCCAGACCCUACAGUAGAUUAAGGUGUACCUUUCGGCCCAGACCUACAGUAUAUUAAGGUGUACCUCUCAGACCUACAGUAUAUUAAGGUGUACCUCUCAGACCUACAGUAUAUUAAGGUGUACCUCUCUGCCCAGACCUACAGUAUAUUAAGGUGUACCUUUCUGCCCAGACCUACAGUAUAUUAAGGUGUACCUCUCAGUCCUACAGUAUAUUAAGGUGUACCUCUCUGCCCAGACCUAAAGUAUAUUAAGGUGUACCUCUCAGACCUACAGUAUAUUAAGGUGUACCUCUCUGCCCAGACCUACAGUAUAUUAAGGUGUACCUUUCUGCCCAGACCUACAGUAUAUAAAGGUGUACCUCUCAGACCUACAGUAUAUUAAGGUGUACCUCUCUGCCCAGACCUACAGUAUAUUAAGGUGUACCUCUCAGACCUACAGUAUAUUAAGGUGUACCUUUCAGACCUACAGUAUAUUAAGGUGUACCUCUCUGCCCAGACUUACAGUAUAUUAAGGUGUACCUCUCUGCCCAGACCUACAGUAUAUUAAGGUGUACCUCUCAGACCUACAGUAUAUUAAGGUGUACCUUUCAGACAUACAGUAUAUUAAGGUGUACCUUUCUGCCCAGACCUACAGUAUAUUAAGGUGUACUUCUCAGACCUACAGUAUAUUAAGGUGUACCUCUCAGACCUACAGUAUAUAAAGGUGUACCUCAGACCUACAGUAUAUUAAGGUGUACCUCUCAGACCUACAGUAUAUUAAGGUGUACCUUUCAGACCUACAGUAUAUUAAGGUGUACCUCUCUGCCCAGACCUACAGUAUAUUAAAGGGGUACCUUCUGCCCAGACCUACAGUAUAUUAAGGUGUACUUUCAGACCUACAGUAUAUUAAGGUGUACCUCUCAGACCUACAGUAUAUAAAGGUGUACCUCAGACCUACAGUAUAUUAAGGUGUACCUCUCAGACCUACAGUAUAUUAAGGUGUACCUCUCAGACCUACAGUAUAUUAAGGUUUACCUCUCUGCCCAGACCUACAGUAUAUUAAGGUGUACCUCUCAGACCUACAGUAUAUAAGGUGUACCUCUCAGACCUACAGUAUAUUAAGGUGUACCUCUCUGCCAGACCUACAGUAUAUUAAGGUGUACCUCUCAGACCUACAGUAUAUUAAGGUGUACCUUUCAGACCUACAGUAUAUUAAGGUGUACCUCUCUGCCCAGACCUACAGUAUAUUAAGGAGUACCUUUCUGCCCAGACCUACAGUAUAUUAAAGGGGUACUCUCAGACCUUACAGUAUAUAAGGUGUACCUCUCUGCCCAGACCUACAGUAUAUUAAGGUGUACCUCUCUGCCCAGACCUACAGUAUAUUAAGGUGUACCUCUCAGACCUACAGUAUAUUAAGGUGUACCUCUCAGACCUACAGUAUAUUAAAGUGUACCUCUCAGACCUACAGUAUAUAAAGGUGUACCUCUCAGACCUACAGUAUAUUAAGGUGUACCUCUCAGACCUACAGUAUAUAAAGGUGUACCUCUCAGACCUACAGUAUAUAAAGGUGUACCUUUCAGACCUACAGUAUAUUAAGGUGUACCUCUCAGACCUACAGUAUAUAAAGGUGUACCUCUCAGACCUACAGUAUAUUAAGGUGUACCUCUCAGACCUACAGUAUAUUAAGGUGUACCUCUCUGCCCAGACCUACAGUAUAUUAAGGUGUACCUUUCUGCCCAGACCUACAGUAUAUUAAGGUGUACCUCUCAGACCUACAGUAUAUUAAGGUGUACCUCUCAGACCUACAGUAUAUUAAGGUGUACCUCUCUGCCCAGACCUACAGUAUAUUAAGGUGUACCUUUCUGCCCAGACCUACUGUAUAUUACGUGUUACUCUCAGUGCCUACAGUAUAUUAAGGUGUACCUCUCUGCCCAGUACCUACAGUAUAUUAAGGUGUACCUCUCAGACCUACCGUAUAUUUAAGGUGUACCUCUCUGCCCAGACUACAGUAUAUUAAAGUGUAAUCCUUUCUGCCGACCUACAGUAUAUUCAGGUGUACUCUCAGACCUACAUAUAUUAAGGUGUACCUCAACUACCUAUAUUAAGUGUACCUCUCAGACCUACAGAUAUUAAGGUGUACUCUCUCUCUGCCCGACCUACAGUUAUUAAGGUGUACCUCUCUGCCAGACCUACAGUAUAUUAAGGUGUAUCCUCUCAGACCUCCAGUAUAUUAAGGUGUACCUUUCUGCCCAACCUACAGUAUAUAAGGUUUACCUCUCAGACCUACAGUAUAUAAGGUGUACCUCUCAUGCCCAGACCUACAGUAUAUUAAGGUGUACCUCUCAGACCUACAGUAUAUUAAGGUGUACCUCUCUGCCCAGACUUACAGUAUAUUAAGGUGUACCUCUCUGCCCAGACCUACAGUAUAUUAAGGUGUACCUCUCAGACCUACAGUAUAUUAAGGUGUACCUUUCAGACAUACAGUAUAUUAAGGUGUACCUCUCUGCCCAGACCUACAGUAUAUUAAGGUGUACCUUUCUGCCCAGACCUACAGUAUAUUAAGGUGUACUUCUCAGACCUACAGUAUAUUAAGGUGUACCUCUCAGACCUACAGUAUAUAAAGGUGUACCUCAGACCUACAGUAUAUUAAGGUGUACCUCUCAGACCUACAGUAUAUUAAGGUGUACCUCUCAGACCUACAGUAUAUUAAGGUGUACCUCUCUGCCCAGACCUACAGUAUAUUAAGGUGUACCUUUCUGCCCAGACCUACAGUAUAUUAAGGUGUACUUAUCAGACCUACAGUAUAUUAAGGUGUACCUCUCAGACCUACAGUAUAUAAAGGUGUACCUCAGACCUACAGUAUAUUAAGGUGUACCUCUCAGACCUACAGUAUAUUAAGGUGUACCUCUCAGACCUACAGUAUAUUAAGGUUUACCUCUCUGCCCAGACCUACAGUAUAUUAAGGUGUACCUCUCAGACCUACAGUAUAUAAAGGUGUACCUCUCAGACCUACAGUAUAUUAAGGUGUACCUCUCUGCCCAGACCUACAGUAUAUUAAGGUGUACCUCUCAGACCUACAGUAUAUUAAGGUGUACCUUUCAGACCUACAGUAUAUUAAGGUGUACCUCUCUGCCCAGACCUACAGUAUAUUAAGGUGUACUUCUCAGACCUACAGUAUAUUAAGGUGUACCUCUCUGCCCAGACCUACAGUAUAUUAAGGUGUACCUCUCUGCCCAGACCUACAGUAUAUUAAGGUGUACCUCUCAGACCUACAGUAUAUUAAGGUGUACCUCUCAGACCUACAGUAUAUUAAAGUGUACCUCUCAGACCUACAGUAUAUAAAGGUGUACCUCUCAGACCUACAGUAUAUUAAGGUGUACCUCUCAGACCUACAGUAUAUAAAGGUGUACCUCUCAGACCUACAGUAUAUAAAGGUGUACCUUUCAGACCUACAGUAUAUUAAGGUGUACCUCUCAGACCUACAGUAUAUUAAGGUGUACCUCUCAGACCUACAGUAUAUUAAGGUGUACCUCUCUGCCCAGACCUACAGUCUA